AUGGAUAAUCUUCUCAACGAAAUUGAAAGAUCAAAUGCAAUAUACAACUUAAGUGGUGUUGAUGCUGAUCAAAAUCAUAAAAAUGAGUUAGAAAGUGAUGAAUCUGAGUGCGAUGAAAUACACAAUGCAGAGCAAGAUUAUAGCACCGACAACGAUGAUGAACAUAUUCCAACUGCUCCUUGGUUUGAAACAGAAGAGAUUAAUGUUAAUUCAGGUAAUUGUUCAAACAUCGGUCCACUCGACUACAAUUUAUUUGAAAGUCAAUCUUUUACAAAUAAACAAUCUGCAAUAAGUGCGAUAAAAGAAUAUCAUAUCAGAAGUUCUAGAAAUUUUCAUGUUGUGAAAAGUGAUACAACACGAUAUGAGGCAUCAUGUGUUAUGAAAGAUUGUCCAUGGAGAAUUCGAGUGAUGAGAUCAAAGAAAUCUGGGUUGUUUGUAACCACUAAACUACCUGCUGAACACACUUGUGUAUUGAUGACACUAGAACGAGAUCAUAAGAAACUAACGUCCAGAAUGAUUGCAGAUGUAAUAAAACUACAAGUUAUAGAUAGUCCUUAUCUGAAAGUAAGCAACAUCCGAAAUCAAAUUACAUCUAUGUACAACUAUCAUGUUAGUUACAAGAAAGCAUUGAUCGGAAAGCAAAAAGCAAUAUCAGAUGUUUAUGGCGAUUGGAUGACUUCUUACGCUAAACUUCCUAUAUUUUUUAGCGCUUUGAUACAUUUUAAUCCAGGAACAAUUGCUUUCAUUGAUGCUGAAGCUCAUAGUACAAAACCCAACACAUCUGUGUGCAAACGUAUUUGGUGGGGAUUUAAACCAAUGAUUGAUGGAUGGCAGCAUGCUCCGCCUGUUAUUAGCAUCGAUGGUACUUUUCUAAAAGGAAAAUACAAUGGGAAAUUAUUGAUUGCAAUGGGUUCUGACUCAAAUAAUCAACAAUAUCCCAUUGCAUAUGCCUUAGUUCAUGAAGAGACAACCGUCAAUUGGUCUUGGUUUCUACAUCAUCUCCGACUAUAUGUUUGUCAAAAUAGAAAGGGUGUAUGCAUUAUUUCUGAUCGACAUGCUGGAAUUAUUGAAGCCAUGAAAAUGGUAGAAAGUGGUUUCACAGCUUUUCCAGGCGCACAUUUGAAGAUGCUCUGUUGGAUGGCCGGAAGUACUUCUCAGGUACGAAAAUUUGAAGCAGCAAUGACGCAAAUUAAAGAAAUUAAUCUUGAUGCAGAAAUAUGGUUGCGAAAGAUUCCACUAGAAAUGUGGACUAUGUCUCAUGACGGAGGUUAUCGUUAUGGCCAAGCGACAACAAAUAUGGUUGAAAGUUUCAACGGACUCUUACGCUCGGCUAGAUAUCUACCAGUCACAUCAAUGAUAGAGUAUACAUAUUAUCGAUCUGUGAAAUUAGUCUCACAAAGACGAACUGCGACGUUUAAUGACCUUCAAAAUGGUCAAACUUAUUGUCAAAGGUCAAGAGAAUUAUUUGAAACUGUUGAGAAAAAAGCAUCAUCACACAAGGUUAUUCCAUACAAUGAACAAAGAGGAGUCUUCGAAAUCGUUACUGCACAAUACAGAACCAUAAAUGGAUAUUGGAAGGGUGGUUGUUUGACAUGCAACUUAGAUUGGAAACAAUAUAUUGAAUCAUACCACAAUUUAUCAUCACUUUGUGAAAUGUGGAAAUACGAGUUUAACCCAAUUCUUAAUCAAGCAUAUUGGACGUUUCCACUCGCAAAUAAUUGGGAAAUGUAUGGUGUUCUCAUUGCUGAUGAAGACAUGAAGAAGAAGAAAAACCUGGUAUGA